GAAAAUGUCCGCUUCGCCGCCGCCGCCGGAGCCCGGAGAAGGGUUCAGUACGGGACGCCAAACGAAGCUGGAGUCGAUGAUCCGGGAUCCCCGAUCUCCGGUCAACGUGGAAAGUUUGCUGGAUGGUCUGAAUUCUUUGGUUCUUGAUCUGGAUUAUCCAGCACUAAGGAAAAACAAGAACAUAGAUAACUUCUUAAAUAGAUUUGAGAAAAUUGUGGAAAAAAUUCGAGCUUUGCAAAUGAAAGCUGAAGACUAUGAUGUUGUUAAAGUGAUUGGAAGAGGAGCAUUUGGAGAAGUACAGCUGGUUCGCCAUAAAAUAACACAGAAGGUUUAUGCAAUGAAACUUCUUAGUAAGUUUGAAAUGAUCAAAAGAUCAGAUUCGGCCUUUUUCUGGGAAGAGAGAGACAUAAUGGCCUUUGCCAACAGUCCAUGGGUAGUUCAGCUUUUUUGUGCCUUUCAAGAUGACCGAUACUUAUAUAUGGUAAUGGAAUACAUGCCUGGUGGAGAUCUUGUGAACCUUAUGAGCAAUUACGAUGUGCCUGAAAAGUGGGCCAAAUUUUAUACAGCUGAAGUUGUCCUAGCUCUCAAUGCGAUUCACUCCAUGGGAUUGAUACACAGAGAUGUGAAACCUGACAACAUGCUUUUGGAUAAAUAUGGACAUGUGAAGCUGGCAGAUUUUGGCACAUGUAUGAAAAUGGAUGAAACAGGUAUGGUGCGUUGUGAUACAGCAGUUGGAACACCUGACUACAUAUCGCCUGAAGUGUUAAAGUCACAAGGGGGUGAUGGUUAUUAUGGACGGGAAUGUGACUGGUGGUCUGUAGGAGUUUUUCUGUUUGAGAUGCUAGUUGGGGAUACUCCAUUUUAUGCUGACUCGUUGGUGGGGACAUACAGUAAAAUCAUGGAUCACAAGAACUCGUUACAUUUCCCAGAUGAUGUAGAAAUCUCUAAACAUGCGAAGGAUCUUAUCUGUGCCUUUUUAACAGACAGGGAUGUGCGUCUUGGAAGGAAUGGAGUAGAAGAAAUUAAAAACCAUCCGUUCUUUAAGAAUGAUCAAUGGAAUUGGGAUAAUAUUCGAGAAACUGCUGCACCAGUUGUACCUGAGCUCAGUAGUGACAUAGAUAGCAGCAAUUUUGAUGACAUUGAAGAUGAUAGAGGAGAUGUCGAAACAUUUCCAAUCCCCAAAGCCUUUGUUGGAAAUCAGCUGCCUUUUAUAGGAUUUACCUACUAUAGAGAGAACUUGUUGCUAAGUGACUCCUCUCAGCCCUGUAGGGAAAACGAAUCCUGUAGGAAAAAUGAGUUUGCACAAUUUCAGAAAAAAGUAAGCAAGUUAGAAGAUCAGCUUCGUAAUGAAAUACAACUCAAAGAAGAGCUGGAGCAGAAAUGCAGAACUAUUAAUAAUCGCCUAGAGAAGAUAAUGAAAGAAUUGGAUGAAGAGAUAACCUCAAGAAAGAAUGUAGAGUCUGCACUGAGACAGUUGGAAAGGGAAAAAGCUCUUCUCCAGCAUAAAAAUGCAGAAUACCAGCGGAAAGCUGAACAUGAAGCGGAUAAAAAACGCAAUCUGGAAAAUGAUGUUAAUAGUUUGAAAGACCAGCUCGAAGAUUUGAAAAGGCGGAAUCAGAACUCUCAGAUAUCAAAUGAAAAAAUCAACCAACUACAAAGACAGCUGGAUGAAGCCAAUGCCUUACUGCGUACAGAAUCUGAUACGACAGCCAGGUUCAGGAAGCACCAGACAGAGAGUACAAAGCAGAUUCAGCAGCUGGAAGCUAAUAACAGAGAUCUGCAAGAUAAAAACUGUGCACUGGAAAAUGCUAAACUCAAACUAGAGAAGGACUUUCUCAACCUGCAGUCUGCCCUGGAAUCCGAAAGGAGAGAUCGAACUCAUGGGUCAGAGAUUAUCAGCGAUCUUCAGGGCCGAAUAGCUAGUUUGGAAGAAGAAGUAAAAAAUGGGAGGAAUGUAUUAGCUAAAAUUGAGACAGAGAAAAGACAAUUACAGGAAAGAUUCACAGAUCUGGAAAAGGAGAAGAACAACAUGGAAAUAGAUAUGACGUACAAGCUAAAAGUGAUGCAGCAGAACUUGGAACAAGAAGAAGCUGAACAUAAGGCAACAAAAGCCCGGCUAGCUGACAAAAAUAAAAUCUACGAGUCUAUUGAAGAAGCAAAGUCUGAAGCCAUGAAAGAAAUGGAAAAGAAGCUCUCAGAGGAAAGAGUUUCAAAGCAAAAAGUAGAAAACUGCUUGCUGGAAGUUGAAAAACGAUGCUCUAUGUUGGACUGUGAUCUAAAACAAUCUCAGCAGAAAAUAAAUGAGCUACUUAAGCAAAAAGAUAAGUUGAAUGAGGAUGUUAAAAACUUGACAUUGAAAAUAGAACAGGAAACACAAAAGCGCUGCCUCACGCAGAAUGACCUGAAGAUGCAAACACAACAAGUCAAUGCAUUGAAAAUGUCAGAGAAGCAGCUAAAACAAGAGAAUAAUCAUCUUGCUGAAAUCAAACUAAGUUUGGAAAAACAAAAUAAUGAACUCCGCAAGGAACGCCAGGAUGCUGAUGGACAAAUGAAGGAACUUCAAGACCAGCUUGAAGCAGAACAAUAUUUUUCAACUUUAUACAAGACACAGGUUCGUGAGCUUAAAGAAGAAUGUGAAGAAAAGACAAAACUUUGUAAAGAAAUUCAGCAAAAGAUACAAGAGUUGCAAGAUGAGAGGGAUUCCUUGGCAGCGCAACUUGAGAUCACUUUAACCAAGGCAGAUUCAGAACAGUUGGCUCGUUCCAUUGCUGAAGAACAGUACUCAGAUUUGGAAAAAGAGAAGAUCAUGAAAGAGUUGGAGAUUAAAGAAAUGAUGGCUAGGCACAAACAGGAACUUGCUGAAAAAGAUUCCACAAUAGGAUCUCUGGAAGAAGCGAAUAGGACUCUUACCAGUGAUGUAGCUAACCUUGCAAAUGAGAAAGAAGAGCUGAAUAAUAAACUUAAGGAAGUCCAAGAACAAAUUGCAAGAGUGAAAGAUGAGGAAACAAGUAUAGGACUGAUUAAGACUCAAUAUGAGAAACAGUUGUUUACUGAAAGAACCCUGAAGACACAGGCUGUGAACAAGUUGGCUGAAAUUAUGAAUCGCAAGGAUCCUGUCAAACGAGGUGCUGACACUGAUGUCAGAAGGAAAGAAAAAGAGAACAGGAAACUGCAUAUGGAGUUGAAAUCUGAGCGAGAAAAAUUAACUCAGAUGUUGAUAAAGUAUCAGAAGGAGAUUAAUGAAAUGAACGCACAAAUAGCAGAAGAGAGUCAGGUAAGAAUAGAACUGCAAAUGGCCCUGGACAGCAAGGAUAGCGAUAUUGAGCAGCUUCGCUCCCAGCUUCAGAUGAUACACAUCAGCAUGGACAGUGGCAGUAUAGGCAGCGGCCCUGGAGAUGCAGAAGCUGAUGAUGGAUUCCCUGAGUCGCGAUUGGAAGGUUGGCUCUCUUUGCCUGUUCGAAACAACACUAAAAAAUUUGGAUGGGUUAAAAAGUAUGUAGUUGUAAGCAGCAAGAAGAUCCUCUUCUAUGACAGUGAGCAAGAUAAAGAGCAGUCAAACCCUUACAUGGUGUUAGACAUAGAUAAAUUAUUCCAUGUCCGGCCAGUCACACAGACGGAUGUAUACAGAGCAGAUUCCAAAGAGAUUCCUAGGAUUUUCCAGAUCCUGUAUGCUAAUGAAGGAGAAAGCAAAAAGGAGCAAGAAUUUCCUGUAGAGCCAGUGGGGGAGAAGUCAAAUUAUAUUUGUCACAAAGGACACGAGUUCAUACCUACUCUCUAUCACUUCCCAACCAAUUGUGAAGCUUGCAUGAAGCCAUUGUGGCACAUGUUUAAACCUCCUCCUGCUUUAGAAUGCCGACGCUGCCAUAUCAAGUGUCAUAAAGAUCAUAUGGAUAAAAAAGAAGAGAUUAUAGCACCUUGCAAAGUAAAUUAUGAUGUUUCGACGGCAAAGAAUCUACUAGUGUUAGCCAAUUCUACAGAGGAGCAGCAGAAAUGGGUGAGCCGUCUAGUAAAAAAGAUUCCCAAAAAGCCUCCAGCACCAGAUCCUUUUGCACGAUCUUCUCCAAGAACUUCCAUGAAGGUACAGCCAAACCAGUCUAUCAGACGGCCAAGUCGACAGCUUCCUCCAAACAAACCAAGAUUGCUUGAUUUGGCAUUUAAAGACUGGGAUUGGUCAUUUGAUGAUGUUGAUGAUGUAGAUGUUGAUGAUGAUAACGAUGUGUUUGAUUUCUGAAGAGGAAAAUGGGCUAACUGCCUUCUGUAAAUGCAGUCACUGUUGAAGUUAUCCUUGAAGCCCCAAUGCGCACCAAAGGAUUGCUUUAUCACUUUGCCUGCUUUGCUUUGAACAGCCAGAGUACAGCAUAUUUUUAAAAAUAUGCAUAUUUUGCAUACAAAAACUUGUUUUCAAGUAUAUGUACAAUAAAAACUGUUUCCAUUCACUGAAGGCAUACAUAUUUUAUAUAUAAAUUGUUAAUUGUGAGAAGUUCUGAAUUGGAAAAUAUAUAUAUAUUUUUAAAUAAACUUAUUUGAAUAAG